GCGGCCUCUGAGCUCGCGCGACGCGGCCGGGCGGUGCGGUGCCUUCCGCCCUCUGCAGCCGUCUGCAUAUUUUUUCUUUCUUUUUCGCAAUUUUGAACAUUUAACAAGACGAGGGGUUCGAGGCAAGUGAGAGCAUCCUGCACGUCUUGGAGGAGCCCGCGGGCACUUGGCGCACUCUCUGGGGACUGCACUGGGAACCCGAAAGUUUUUUGUUUUCAUAUUUUUACGCAGAUGUAUUUAUAAAGACAUAAGUAAUUUUUUUUUCUUCCCUGUCUCCACCGCCUUGAAAGCGAGAACUUUUGGCAAAGGACUGAGGAAAAAGCUCAGCAACAUUUUGGGGGGAGGUUGGGGUUGUUUUUGUUUUUUUAAGAAAAAAAAAAUUUGAGUGCAUCGCGAUGGAGAAAAUGUCCCGACCGCUCCCACUGAAUCCCACCUUUAUCCCGCCUCCCUACGGCGUGCUCAGGUCCUUGCUGGAGAACCCGCUGAAGCUCCCCCUUCAUCACGAAGACGCAUUUAGUAAAGAUAAAGACAAGGAAAAGAAGCUGGAUGAUGAGGGUAAUAGCCCGACGGUCCCCCAGUCAGCAUUCUUGGGACCCACCUUAUGGGACAAAACCCUUCCCUAUGACGGAGAUACUUUCCAGUUGGAAUACAUGGACCUGGAGGAGUUUUUGUCGGAAAAUGGCAUUCCCCCCAGCCCGUCUCAGCAUGACCACAGCCCUCACCCUCCCGGGCUGCAGCCGGCUUCCUCAGCUGCCCCCUCCGUCAUGGACCUCAGCAGUCGGACCUCUGCACCCAUUCACCCUGGCAUCCCAUCCCCAAACUGUAUGCAGAGCCCCAUCAGACCAGGCCAGCUGUUGCCAGCCAACCGCAAUACUCCGAGCCCCAUUGACCCUGACACCAUCCAGGUCCCGGUGGGCUAUGAGCCAGACCCGGCCGACCUUGCCCUCUCCAGCAUCCCCGGGCAGGAAAUGUUUGACCCUCGCAAACGCAAGUUCUCUGAGGAAGAACUGAAGCCACAGCCCAUGAUUAAGAAAGCUCGCAAAGUCUUCAUCCCAGAUGAUCUGAAGCAGGACGACAAGUACUGGGCGCGGCGCCGGAAGAACAACAUGGCGGCCAAGCGCUCGCGUGAUGCGCGGCGCCUCAAGGAGAACCAGAUCGCCAUCCGCGCGUCCUUCCUGGAGAAGGAGAACUCGGCGCUGCGUCAGGAGGUGGCCGACCUGCGCAAGGAGCUGGGCAAGUGCAAGAACAUCCUGGCCAAGUACGAGGCCCGGCAUGGGCCCCUGUAGGCCGGCGUCCGCGGGCGGCCUCAGGCCCCGGACAGGGGUCUCCUGGUUGAUCGCACCGCACCUACCGACCUUUCCGACAUCAGCACUUUACCAGAUGCAUCAACAGGACGGACUCACAUUUUGGCGUGGGUGUGUGUAUGUGCUUGUGCUCAUGUGUGGCCAACGGGUGUGUGUGUGUGUGUGUGUGUGCGCGCGCGUCCCUUUGCACUUGCCAUUUUGGUAGCCCUCCAUCGUCUUUUAGUUCCAAAAUGAAAGGUGCCGUGUUUUUACUGGACUGCGGAGACCUCUCGUGGGUUUCCUGACCCCCUUCCUUCUCCACUCCUGCCCUUUCCGCGUGGCUUCAUGUUGGCACUUACCUACUCUUCCAGGACCCUCUGGUUGGGUUCACUAAGAAGGGCCCUGGUGAAAUAGCAGAUCUCGGUUUUCAAGACCACAGGCUCUUGUCUCUGUUUAAUCUGUAAGUUACCAUGCUAAUAAGGUGCACAGAAUAAUUUAGCACUACACUGCAGCUCCAUUCAGUUACAGGUU